AUGAUAGCCCGCAGAAGAAGAACUAAUUCGGGCUCUGACAGUCAGCAGCAGCAGCAGCAAAAUCUACCAACAACUGGUCAGCAGCAUCACCACCAGCAGUAUUACAACAGCGGCACUAGGCAGCAGUCUCCACCAUUGCUACCGGUCUCCUCACAACAUCUCACUGACCCAGAUAUGACCUGCCGUGACAGAUCCACUGAGUUUUUGUCAGUAGUUAAAUCUCUACAGUCUAGACAGGGUAAUGGAGUCAUACAGAACAACAGAAACAGAGCCCUCCAUGUACGCAGCGAGUUUACACAGAUUGCAAAGCGUAUUGGUAAAGAUCUAGCAAACACAUUUGCCAAAUUGGAAAAAUUGACAAUUUUGGCCAAAAGGAAAGCCUUAUUCGACGACAAGCCGGUGGAGAUCCAAGAGUUGACCUACAUCAUCAAACAGGAUAUCAACAGCCUCAACGAGCAGAUAGCACAGUUGCAGCAGCUGGCUAAAUCUCAGAAAGCAAACAAUGGCAAACACAUGCAGACACAUUCCAACACAGUUGUGGUUACUCUGCAGUCCAAACUGGCCUCUAUGUCAAAUGACUUCAGACAGGUGCUGGAAGUCAGAACUGAGAAUCUAAAACAUCAGAAGUCAAGGAGAGAACAGUUUUCCUCCUCCCCUAUAACAUCGUCUUUGCCUCCUUCAGCUUAUCAGGGCCAUAUGAAUGGCUCAGUGCUCUUACAAGAUGAAGCAAAUCACGCAGGUAAUGGAGAGGUCACCAUCGACAUGGGAGCUUCAUCAAGAGGACAGGUGCAGAAUCAGAUGCAGAUUAUUGAUGAACAGGAUGCCUACAUUCAGAGCCGAGCAGAGACGAUGCAGAAUAUUGAGACCACCAUCGUUGAACUGGGAACCAUCUUUCAGCAGUUGGCUCAUAUGGUGAAAGAGCAGGAGGAGAUUGUCGGAAGGAUUGAUACCAAUGUAGAGGAAGCCAGCGAGAACAUAGAAGCAGCACACACUGAGAUUCUGAAGUACUUUCAGUCUGUGACCUCCAACCGAUGGCUGAUGAUCAAGAUUUUUGGUGUCUUGAUGGUCUUCUUCAUCAUAUUUGUGAUCUUUAUGGCUUAG